AUGGUCACCACGCGCGACGACGGGGACACCGCCACCGCGUCGGACGCGGGCGCGGGCCGGAGGCUGAGGGUGUUCUUCCUGCCCUCCUUCGCGAGGGGGCACCUCAUCCCGCAGACCGACCUGGCGUGCCUUAUGGCCGCGGCGCGGCCGGGGGAGGUGGAGGCGACCAUGGUCGUGACGCCGGCCAACGCGGCGCUCAUCGCGCCCACGGUGGCGCUCGCCGCGGCCGCCGGGCACGCCGUGCGCGUCCUGCGCCACCCGUUCCCGGACGUCGGCCUCGGGGACGGGGUCGAGUGCCUCGCCACCGCCCCCGCGCAGGACGCGUGGCGGGUGUACCGCGCCAUGGAGCUCGUGCAGACGUCCCACGAGUCGCUGCUCCGGGAGCACCGCCCCGACGCCAUCGUGUCCGACGUGCCGUUCUGGUGGACCACCGUGGUCGCCGCCGAGCUCGGGGUGCCGCGCCUCACUUUCCACCCCGUCGGCGUCUUCCCGCAGCUCGCCAUGAACAACCUGUUCAAGAUGCGCGCCGACAUCAUCCGGAUGAGCUCCGCGCCCGGGACGGUGGUGUCCGUGCCGAGCUUGCCCGGGAAGGAGAUCACGAUCCCGGUGUCCGAGCUCCCGAGCUUCUUGGUCCAGGACGACCACCUCUCCAAGUCGUGGGAGCAGAUAAAGGCGUUCCAGCUCGCCGGCUUCGGCGUCAUCGUCAACACCUUCGUCGACCUGGAGCUGCCCUACUGCGAAGAGUUCAGCCGCGUCGACGCCCGCCGCGCUUACUUCGUCGGGCCGCUAGCCCAGCCGUCGUGCUCCACCGUGCACCGCGGCGGCGACAGUGACGUGGACUGCCUGAGCUGGCUGUCCACCAAACCGAGCCGGUCGGUGGUGUUCGUCUGCUUCGGGAGCUGGGCCCACUUCUCAGCGACCCAGAGCAGGGAGCUCGCCCUGGGGCUCGAGGCGUCGAACCAGCCGUUCCUGUGGGUCGUCCGCUCCGACAAUAGCCAAUGGGCGCCGGAGGGGUGGGAGCAGCGCGUCGCCGGCAGGGGCAUGGUCGUCCGCGGGUGGGCCCCGCAGGUGGCGGUGCUGGGCCACCCGUCGGUCGGCGCGUUCCUGACGCACUGCGGCUGGAACUCGGUCCUCGAGGCCGCGUCCGCCGGCGUGCCUGUGCUCACGUGGCCGCUGGUGUUCGAGCAGUUCAUCAACGAGCGGCUGGUGACCGGGGUGGCCGCGUUCGGCGCGCGCGUGUGGGAGGGCGGCACCCGCGGCGAGAGGGCCGGGGAGGCCGAGACGGCCGUGCCGGCGGUGGCCAUCGCGCGCGCCGUGGCCGGGUUCAUGGAGCGCGGAGCGCAGCGCGACGGGGUGGAGGCCAGCGCGCGGGAUCUGGCGGGGCGCGCGCGCGCGGCCGUCGAUGAGAACGGCUCGUCGUGGCGCGACAUCCACCGGCUGAUCGAUGAUCUCGUGCAGGCGAGGGCCUCGGGGUUGCCGGAAGAGCGCCCCAUCAAAGCUUAG